CUGUUUAUUUGUGAAUACGGCAACACUAUAGUGUGGUAUCGUUGAUGCUGGCCCAGGAUUCAGUGAAACUGGAUAUUGGGAAUCAUAAGAAAAUAACACCAUUGCUGGAAGCCGUCUCCAGGGCCCACCUCAGAAUUAUCCGUAAACUUAUUAUACAGGGUGCAAAUAUUAAUGCUGUCGACAAUGAUGGCAAUAAUUGUUUGCACCUCUCCAUAAUAAAGAAAGAGAUGUUCCAUUCUGAGGUGGAACCCAUUCCCAUUUUAGAUGAGUGCUGCAAAGAGCUCCAACUGGACAUGGAUAGGAGGCUCUCUGGAAUAGUAGUUUUGAGUUACCUUGCCAGCCAAGGAGCCAGCUUAUACCAUCGUAAUAAGAAGAAGAAAGUGACCCCAUUGGACUGCAUAGAAAAUCAACAUUUGAAAGAAAAAUUACAAACAUUUUUACAAUCACUGUGUUGGUUUUGUCAAGAGAAAAAGGCUACUGUCACACUCCAUCCAUGUCAACAUACCGUUAUUUGUCAGAAUUGCUGUUCUCAAAUGACAUUUAAGCAAUGCCCCAUAUGUCGACAACACAUACUCCAGAAAAGUGGAUUUGUGUGUCCAAAGUUUGAAGAGAAAGCAGUCCAGACGGUUGCAGAGUCUGUUGUGUGUCCAAGGUGUAGAGAAAAAGCAGUCAAGACGGUUGUAGAAUCUUUUGUGUGUCCAAAGUGUGAAGAAAAAGCAGUCAAGACGGUUGUAGAGUCUGUUGUGUGUCCAAAGUGUAAAGAAAAAGCAGUCAAGACGGUUGUAGAAUCUGUUGAAUGUCCAAAGUGUAAAGAAAAAGUAGAAUCUUUUGUGUGUCCAAAGUCUGAAGAAAAAGGAGUCCAGACGGUUGCAGAAUCUGUUGUGUGUCCAAAGUCUGAAGAAAAAGCAGUCAAGACGGUUGCAGAAUCUGUUGAUUCUGUAAUGGUAGAGGAGAUUCAUCUUCAUAGGGUGUCCCAAAAGUUGGCAGGUAAAUGGAUGGAACUUGGAAGGGAAUUAGGAAUUCGACAAAAUGACCUGGAAAUCAUCAGGCAUGACUAUCCUCAAAGCGUUAGGGAACAAGGCUUCCAGAUGCUGUUCAAAUGGCAUCAAAGUACUGAUCCAGAGAAACGUACACUUCGAAUAUUAAAAGCAGCUCUUAAGGAAACUGAAUGUUAUGAUGCACUCAAAUGUUUAUCAUCAGAAUUCAAUUGAAUUUCUUUGUAAAUUGUUGCUGUUGCUUAGUCGCAAGUCUGUCUUUACCACAGACCUAUUAUCAAAUGCCUUCCAUCCAGGACCAUCCUGUCUUUUUCAUAAGUAUAGAGAACGUAGAACCACAUUGUUUAAUGUGUCCUUCUUUAAGGUGAUAAGUUAUGAAUGGAGUAGGAUUUGGGGAUCUUUACCUUUCGACCGGCAGAUUUAGAAAAUAAUUUCUUGUAACUAAACACUUUCAAACUUCGUAUUCUGGUAGAAUGUGUUGUAUAAAACAUCUUUUACUCUUAGCGUUUUGAGAAAAGUUUAUAUUUACAAAGUUAUUUCAUGUUAAA